CGAGCUCAUAGUAUCGAUAUUGAUUGCUGACAAUUGGAGCGAAAAUGAAAGUUGCGUGUUUGGUUGUACUCUUGGCUGCUGUCGCCUGUGCCAGCCCUUCCGGUUUAGCUGAAACUCUAAAAAAUAGAAUUAUCGCCAGACCACCUGUAGAAGUAAGUCCUUUCAUUAUUGGCGGAGAAAAUGCCACUGAAAAAUCUGCUCCCUACUUGGUAUCGUUGAGCGUUUCAUCCAUUGCUUAUGCUCACAGUUGCGCCGGUGCUAUCAUUGGCAAGGAAUGGGUUUUGACUGCUGCCCAUUGCGUCCAAGAAUUGAAGGAAUUGGCUGGUGAUAUUGUUGGUUUGCCCGUUUAUGCCGGUUUAACCAAUCGCAACAAUCUAACCGAAGCUCAAAUCCGCACUGUCGAUUUUGCUUUCAAUCACAAACAAUUCACUGGCUUGGAAGGUUCUGAAGACAUUGCCUUGUUACAUAUCACUCCCAGUUUUGAAUUCAGUGCCCAGGUCAAACAAAUCUCUUUGCCCUACAAAAAUGAAGCCUACGAUGGUGAAACAUCUGCCAACUACGGUUGGGGUUUAGAUGAUCCCGAGGGUCUUUUAUAUGUCAAUGACUUGCAAGUGGCCAAAUCUGAUAUCUUAACCCAAGAAGAAUGCAAAGAAUCAUUGCCCACCGAUGCUCCCGUUACCAGCAAACACAUUUGCGUUAAAGUAGCUGCCUGCUAUGGUGAUGGUGGUUCUCCUUUGGUUGUCGAACGUCCCGGUAAUAUUGCUGAAUUAGCUGGCAUCACCUCCUGGGGUUAUUUGCCAUGUGGUUACAACAAUCGUCCUACAAUUUACACUGCUGUUGCCCAGUAUGUUGAUUGGAUCGCUGAAGUUCAAUGGGCUUAUUAUGUUUUGCAUUAAAAUCAAAGCCGUAAAUUUUGUUUCAUAUUUAAACAAAUAAACAUUUAAAAGAGAA